AUGCUAAUGUUACAUGUCUUCCUGAUGUCAUUGCACCGUCGAUAUUCUCAAGCGAAUCCUGAAGACGCCUUACUCGGAUACACGGAUGUCCAUUGCAGUUUACCGCUUAGGACAGACUGUCGUCUUGAGCGCUGGCAGCCGACAAGAAAACCAUCUGAUAUGCUUCUGUUCAGCAUGGAGAGAUAUGCCAUUGUUAGCUUGGGCUUGCGCCGGUGGGAUGUUAGCCAACAGGUUACAACUCUAAAUUGGCUUGAAGGCUGGUUUGAUAACAAAAGAGAGAGUGUGCCCGAGCUAGCACUCUGCAACUUUCGGAACGAUAAGUUUUUUAUCAACUGUGCGAUUCAGAAGUCUAAACUAUAA